AUGUUUGAGCGCUUCACGGAGAAGGCGAUCAAGGUGGUGAUGCUUGCCCAGGAGGAGGCCCGCAGGCUCGGCCACAACUUUGUGGGCACUGAACAGAUCCUGCUGGGCCUGAUCGGCGAGUCGACGGGUAUCGCGGCCAAGGUGCUGAAGAGCAUGGGCGUCAAUCUGAAGGACGCGCGCGUGGAGGUCGAGAAGAUUAUCGGGAGGGGCUCCGGCUUCGUUGCCGUCGAGAUUCCCUUUACUCCGCGUGCCAAGCGCGUCCUGGAGCUCUCCUUGGAGGAGGCGAGGCAGCUGGGCCACAACUACAUCGGCACCGAGCACAUCCUGCUGGGCCUGCUGCGCGAGGGCGAGGGCGUCGCGGCGCGCGUGCUGGAGACCCUGGGCGCGGACCCCUCCAAGAUCCGCACUCAGGCGCGUUGGGCCGCAAGGGCUUGUGUCAUCCGCAUGGUGGGCGAGAGCCAGGAGGCCGUGGGCGCGGGCGUGGGCACGACCAGCGGCGGCACCAACAAGACGCCCACCCUGGAGGAGUAUGGCACAAACCUCACCCGCCAGGCGGAGGAGGGCAAGCUGGACCCCUGCGUGGGCCGCAAGAAGGAGAUCCAGCGCGUGAUCCAGAUCUUGGGCCGCCGCACCAAGAACAACCCCUGCCUGAUCGGCGAGCCCGGCGUGGGCAAGACCGCGGUGGCUGAGGGCCUGGCGCAGCUCAUCGCCAGCGGGGACGUGCCCGAGACGAUCGAGGGCAAGCAGGUGGUGACCCUGGACAUGGGCCUGCUGGUGGCGGGCACCAAGUACCGCGGUGAGUUUGAGGAGCGCCUCAAGAAGCUGAUGGACGAGAUCAAGCAGAACGACGACAUCAUCCUGGUGGGUGCCUCGGGGGCUGGGUUUGAGUGGCCGGGGGUGUGA